AUGCGGAUGAGCACCAAUACAGCCCAGAACACAGAAUCGCCGUUGUUACAGCUUCCGACCGAGCUUUUACAUUCCGUUCUAUCGUAUCUUUCGGCACAAGACCUCGCUCGUCUGUCGGCCACCUGUCGCUGCUUGGCCGAGCACACGGCUAACGAUCUGCUGUGGGCCAACGUGGUCAACUCCUACUUACCAGAGAAAAUUCACGAUUCGGGACCAUUUGACUCCUUUCGCAGUCUCUAUAUUGCGUACCAUCCUUGCUGGUUCAUCCCCCAGAAAAAGAUCUGGUUUUCAGAUACUGAGCACACGGGCAAUCUAAUCCUGGGCCGUUACGAUCACCGUCGAGGCGUCAUCGAAGCGUAUCGGGUUAUUGCAGAACGGCGUUCACCCUCGCACAAGUUCCAGAUUUGGGAAUGGAAUCCAGAGGUUAUUAUUCAAACCUUUCACCCGAAACCUAGCCUUUGGCUAGACAGUCCUAUAUUACUCCUGAGGAACCAUGAUGGUGAACGGCAUUAUCUGCGCGGAGAGAUCCGCAUGCCCUUGCCGUUGGAAUCACAGCAGGUCUUCAAUUCCUUAUCGUUUUGCCCCAAGGGACCUCCUCCAGACCCCGACCCAUAUAAGCAAUGGCCGCCACCCAUUGUACCCAGUCGAAAUCGCGUAUAUCGGAGCCCCGAAACGCAUGGGUCAGAAUGGGAACGUAACCCUGGACUUUUGGAAAUAAUGUCGGAAGAUGCGUUUCGGAUUAGAAGAUGGGCGCAUUUUCGUCUGGGUAUGCCGAUGUUUGCUGCCGGCCGAAGCGAGACCUUAUCGACCUACGCGACACUUGAUCCGCAUCUAUAUACGCCUACCAGGCAAAAGCCCUAUCAGGGUAUAUGGAUUGGAGACUACUCCGCCCACGGAUGUGAGUUCCUGCUUUUCUUGCAACGUGAUAGCGAAGAUGGGUUUAACGGUACGCCUGACGAGGGCGAGUCUGAGUUCCUUCAUGAUGGCAUUAUCCAGAAUGGUAGCCUCGAGGCUAUCAAACUAACUGGAGACCCCAAUGUCCCUCGAGGCGAGCUCUCAUUCAUUUCGGAUGAUAUCGGACCUAAGGGUUUUGUCCGUGUCGCGGAUGAAUCACUUUUCCGAGGGGCGAGGAUUGUGCGUAGUCGAGGACAUGUAGCGGGUCUCGGGUUUAGAGACGAUACAUUCAUCGCCUCGCAACUUAUUCUCAUAUCGCCUGAUUGUAUAGCUCACUAUUGGGAGACUAUGGGACAUAUCUCGUAUUUCCGCCGCCUCGACAUAGACGAACUUAUUCGGAUAUGA